AUUUACUUGAACUGAUACUUGCACGAGUAUCGUCCAGCUUUCUACUUAUACUGUCUAUACCCCACACGACUUGACAACAUCAUGUCCGGCAUAUGUAGAGCACGUCUUGCUGAGGAGCGAAAGCAAUGGAGAAAAGACCAUCCUUUUGGGUUCUAUGCUAAGCCUACUAAGGCCGCCGACGGGUCGAUGAACUUGUUGGAGUGGGAAGUGGGUAUUCCAGGGAAAGCCGGGACACCAUGGGAAGGCGGUGUGUACAAGCUCAUGAUGAUAUUCCCUGAAGACUAUCCUACAAAGCCGCCUAAAUGCAAGUUCUCGCCGCCGUUAUUUCAUCCCAACGUGUAUCCUUCAGGAACCGUCUGUCUGUCUAUUCUUGACGAAGAGAAGUCAUGGAAACCGGCGAUCACCAUAAAGCAGGUACUGCUCGGCAUCCAGGAACUUUUGAACGACCCCAAUGUGAAUGAUCCUGCUCAAAGUGACGCGUAUACCAUGUUCAAAAAUGACAAGGUGGCAUAUGAACGAAGGGUCCGGCAACAAGCCCGAGAGAAUAUCCCGAAGUGAUCGUCUUAUAUCCUAUUUGCUUUGCUUUGCUAUUCAUUUGUUGCUUUCCGCGGGUUGUGAGAACUUUUUGAUAUUAUUGGACCUACUUCUCUGCUUAGAAGCAGGUAUGACAUUCAUCUCAGAAUAUGUCAACUAUAAGAAAAGAGGGGGGCACACAGUGUGAACAGGGAAUAUAUUUCGUUAGAGCACUAUAUAGUACAGCUGGACAGUGACCAGUGCAUUCUAC